ACCAAUCUACUAAGGUCGCUGGUCUGAAACCAGUCAGUUUCACUUCCAUUUACGUAUACACUUCAGUAGUAGCGUAGUAGCACAGCACCGACAUUGUUAUCGACUAUUUUCUUGACCUUUAUCUGCUUUUGAUAUGGUAAACCUACUGCCCGAAAAAGAUAAUGCUCAAAGUUAGAGUAUUAAGAAGUCACCUAGAAGAUAUAGUGCAAAGAUGAGGUGGAAAUACUGUGUUAGUGUGUUUGUGUUACUGGUUUUAUUGACAAAUCAUUAUGUGCAGUGUGGCAGAUAUAGUAGUCGUGGAAGGACAUCUUCCAGUCGAUCUGGCGGUAGCAGUCGGUAUGGCAGUCGACCUUCGUAUCCCUCCUAUCCCUCCUACCCUUCUUAUCCUUCGCCAUCCUAUAAACCGGCAACAUCUAGGCCAAUAGGAUUCGACCUAUCUGGACACUCCGGUGGACCAGUUGGACCACCUAAAAACUCAUAUUCCAGUGGAAGCUCACCAACAUCUAGACCAAUAGGAUUCCAGCCUCCAAGCAGUAAUAAUAGAGGAACUGUUAGACCAAUUGGCUUUUAUAUACCGAGUAGACAAGAAACACGUACAAGGCAAAACAAAUUGGAGGCUAGCUAUUCUUCACCAACUAAUUCUGGUGUUAAUAAAGUUACUGUUAGACCAAUUGGAUUUCAUGUAAAUGGACAUACCACACCGAAACCGAAACAUGGGAAUAGUGGUACUCCAAGGCCACUAGGAUUCGACGUCCACAAUAGCCCUGGUGCACCGGUAGGUCCACCAAAGCAAGUAUCUAAUGUUGGAAGCACCCAGACUCAAGGUAACAAAUACGAAAAACCUCCUCCAUACAACCCCAACUACACUCCAACGAACCAGAAUCACGCUCAAGGACCUCCCCCAUAUAACCCCAACAACUAUGGUCGUCCCCCAGCAUACAGUCCUGCUGGACAGCCUCCCGCUUACAACGCUGCAGGAUCACAUCCACCAGCCUAUAGCCCAGCAGGAUAUGGCCAUCCUCCAGCGUAUCACCCAGCGGGAUACGGACAUCCCCCAGCUUACAAUCCAGGCUACAACCCCGCAGGAUAUGGGCAUCCUCCUGCUUACAAUCCUGCCGGUUAUGGAGCGCCACCAGCUUAUGGAUAUGGUCAUCCUCCUGCAGGAUAUGGGGGUAGUUACCAUUACCCUGCGGGUGGAGGUACAACUAUAAUAAACAACAAUAACUACCACUAUGGAGGUGGCGGAGGUUACGGCGGAGGAUUUGGAGGUGGAUACACUCCAAGUUACAGAUACAGCAGUUUUGACACCGGUUCUACUGCCUUAGGCCUAUUCCUUGGUUACUCAUUGGCUAAAAUCACUACACCAAGCUUUCUAUAUCACGGAAGCUCAUAUGGUGGCGGAUAUGUCCCCCGUUACGACCAUUAUGAAGUUCAUCAUUAUUAUCAUAAUAAGGACAAUGUCCCUAAGGAGGCUGAAAUCCAACAAAAUGCCAUCGUGGGAUGUGUUGGUGACAGCGGUAGCUUCUGCCCUGCAAACACCACUUCUCUGUGUACUAACAAUGGAGCAGUUAUGUGCGUAGCCAGUGCUACUACUACAGUACCGUGCUCUGGCAGCCUCCAAACCAAUUGCGUUAAAACUGUGGUACCUUGUGUAAACAACACAGCUCCUGAGUGCAAAGAUACGCCUCGGAAAGAGACUGAGAUCAGUAUACCUUGUAUUUCAACUGCGAAGGUGUAUGGUGACAUAAGUUACGUCAACAACACCAUCGUUGUUUCAAACGCAACGACAGAAGCUAACUCAACAGUUUCUAGCAACGCAACUAUCACUACUACAGAUGGUAGUAAUAGCACUGUGGUCACCACAACUCUUGCACCUAACACUACCAACACUACUAGUAACGAACAUAAAGGGCCUCCCCAAAUGUUCUGUGUAACCAUCCUGGCUCUACCAGCGCCCGCUAAGCAAACUGCAGGAGGAAAACUGUUUGAUGGAGUGAAAAGCGCUUUUGGGAUGUUUGCAGUAAAAGCACUGGGAAUAGAAUGAGCUUGCCAGUUCAAAUAAUUUAAAUGUGAUAUGUAUACUCGAAUAGAUUAAUAAAUUGUAUUUACUGUUA